CAGCAUAAAGCCGGUCAACCUUUAUAUAUACCUCAGGCUAGUUACGAAGAGAUACGCCAGUGUACUCCGAAGUAGCUUCUCGAACUGAACUCGCCACAGGACGGUACAUAGAAACGCAAGCAAGAUGUGCUCGCGAAUUCUGCAAGUGUUGGGCCGGAGAAAAAAGCUGGAGGAUGACACCGAAACGACGCAGUUAUCUAGGUGUCUGUCGGUGAUUGACUUGACUGCCCUGGGCGUUGGAAGCACCCUUGGUCUCGGCGCCUAUGUGCUCGCUGGUGCUGUGGCCAAAAACACGGCUGGCCCGGCCGUCAUCAUCUCUUUCUUAGUGGCAGCUGUCGCUUCGGCUUUUGCAGCUAUUUGCUACGCUGAGUUUGCUGCGCGUGUUCCAAAGGCAGGCUCGGCCUAUGUCUACAGCUAUGUCACCGUCGGCGAGUUUGUUGCGUUCAUCAUCGGCUGGAACUUGAUCUUGGAGUAUGUCAUCGGCACUGCUAGCGUGGCUCGAGGAAUGAGUAGCUACGUCGAUGCAUUGGCAAAUUUCACCAUGCGGGAGAAAUUCAUUGAGUGGUCACCCGACUGGGACUACGAGUUCCUGUCAGAGUAUUUUGACUACCUAUCUCUCGGAGUCAUCAUCGUUCUCACGGUUUUGCUAUCGAUUGGUGUGAAGGAGUCCACAAUGGUGAACAACAUUUUCACCUUUUUCAACCUGGUCACCAUUGGCACUGCCAUCAUUGCUGGCUUCUGGCAUCUCAAUUUUAAAAACUGGAACUACACAAAGGAGGAAAUCCCAGAGCAAUUUAAAGAGACUGCUGGUGAGGGUGGCUUCUUUCCCUUUGGCUUCAAAGGAGUCAUGGCUGGAGCGGCUACAUGCUUCUAUGGCUUUGUCGGUUUUGACUGCGUCGCCACAACUGGUGAAGAAGCGAAGAACCCUCAGAAAUCGAUUCCGUUGGCCAUUCUCUUGUCCCUCAUCAUCAUCUUCUUGGCCUACUUUGGCAUCUCUGGGGUGCUCACUCUGAUGUGGCCCUACUUUGACCAGGAUCCCAACGCGCCAUUCCCCUACGUGUUUGAGAAAGUCGAAUGGCCUGUGGUCAAGUGGAUAGUAACUGGUGGUGCUAUUGUCGCUUUGACCACGAGCUUGCUUGGAGCCUUGUUCCCCCUGCCCCGUGUCCUCUACGCUAUGGCCUCUGACAGAAUCCUGUUCUCUCGACUGGCAAACAUCAACAAGAAAACAAAGACUCCCUUGGUGGCUACAAUUGUCUCUGGCGCCCUCGCAGCAAUUAUGGCAAUGCUGUUCAACCUGUCCCAGCUUAUCGACAUGAUGAGCAUUGGAACCUUGCUGGCGUACACCAUCGUGGCCGUUUGCGUGCUCAUUCUGCGUUUUGAAGACGAGAACCAAGACGGUCGCCAAUCCGAAGAUAACAGCAUGUUGGGCCACCUCUUCAACAGGCCCGUGAAGACAUUGCCCACCGCACUCACCUCCUCCAUCAGCUCCUGGGCAACUGUUGUGUACAGUGCCCUGGCAGUCCUUCUUUGCUAUUUGGUCGUCAACUACAGCAAUCUGAUGGUGGAAAAAGAGGCCUGGCCCAUUGCCCUGACUGCUAUUUGUGGUAUCUUGAUGGUUAUCGUGCUGAUCGCCAUUGGUGUCCAGCCGAGGACCUCCAUGAAUCUCUCCUUCAAGGUCCCCUGGGUACCCUUCGUCCCAGCCCUCAGCGUCAUCUUCAACGUGUACCUGAUGAUGCAGUUGGACACCAACACUUGGAUUCGAUUUGCAGUCUGGAUGGCCGCUGGGUUUGUCAUCUACGUGUUCUAUUCAAUUCCAAACAGCUUGGCGGGAAAUAGCUCAGGUGACAACUACCAACUCAGCAACGUUGCUUACACAAACGACGCCUACGCUGAGGAGAAACCCAAGGCUGAGGUCAUUUCCAAAUUUUAGUCUGAUUUUUUUUAAUCAAAUCUAAGUGCAAAUAAAUAUACUUAUACGUUCAUUUUUUGAAAGGCAAUGUUUAACAUAAGAAGAUAUGUUUAUUUAUUGAUCUUGACGUACACUAACAAAAAUGUGAUUACGCCUGAAACUAUUAAAGUAUAAGUAUAAGGAAUUUUCAUUCAGGUACUUCAGAUGUACACACAUCAUAUUGAUGUGAAUUGCGUGGUUAUGUAUUAUUGAGGUGUCAACGCGGCAAUUCACUGUUAUGAAAAAAUUGUAUUGAAAUAAUAAUAAUAAAAAAUAUAUGGAAAA